AGUCACGUGAUGACGCCAUGAGUCACAUGACGUUUUUGUCAGCUGCAGCAACAAAUCCAAAUUCCUGCAGAUUUCUCUCUCUGUGUUUCUGGGCCACAGUAACUCAACUCAGCUCAUCCACUUCAUGUUUAAAGUAGACACUCAAACAGGUAAGAUGGUUUUAGUUGAUGUUUAAUGUUGACAGACUGCAGAGCUGCGGUCCUCGUUGCUAAUGAAGCAGUUAGGAAGCUAGCACCAUAGUUCUCAACGUGGAGCUGUUUCAUGAUGAUAAAAGCUGGCGUUUUUAUCCUCUGCUAGAUCAGCACGUAAUGUCCAUCCGAUAAGGUUGUCAGAUUUUCGUGUGUCUUCUUUGAGGUUGUCAAAGUCGGUCUGGGUGAAACAAGAUCUUUGCAAAUGGAGGAAGAGGAGAUGGGAGAUGAAGGACCUUCAUCCCAAAGUGAACUUCCACACAGUGAAGGUACACUUUGAUUUCUAAUGCGAAGAUACACUGACUGUCUGCAUCAGGCUAUUUCAACUUCAACAGAAAACAGGGGAAUUCAGCUGAAGCUCUGGUUUUUGUUCACGAUAAUGUAAUUUAGGCUAUGCAUCACAGUCACAUGGGACUAAACCUGUAUGCUCUACUAUAUUUGCCUUAGUGAUUAUACAGUAGGGGAGAGUGGGGUAAGUUGAGUCACCCCCUGUUCCUUGGAAAUUGUAAAAGAAAUUGAUCAUGUGACUAAAUAUUUAGGAGAUGGGCACCAAUUCAUGGAGUCUGUGAAGGUUAGAAGCACAUGGGUGAAGGGGUUAGACAUUUAUUUCUAAAAAAAAAAAAACAUUUUUCACCCUUGAAAGUGAAUUUAGUCUGCCAUCAGUUUUUUUAAAAAAAAUUUAAGACCAAAAAAGAUCAUUUUAAAUUUGUUUUAUACAUCAAUUGUGGUAUCUGUGAGCUACAACAUGAGGUCAGAAACAUAACAUAAAAGUCCACCAUUUUAGCUUAGAGGUAAAAUAAAGUCAUCAUAGUAGUUCUGGGGUAAGUUGAGCCAGUGGUUCAACUGAGAAAAUAAAGGAGUCUGAUGAGAGGAUCAGAGUUUCAGUUCAGAUUGUUGAAAUGUUUUACUUUUUCUUUUCAAAUAUACAGAUAUGAAUGUUCUGAAUCACUUUAAGACAUUCUCAUGUUAAAAUGGCUUUUGACAAAACAGCUUUUUAGCAGUUAUAUGCAAUAAUAAUAAAAAGAAUUAUUGUACCAGUUGAAUAGCGUAUAAUAGAUAAAAAUGCACAUGAAUGUGAAGAAGUGACUGUUAUUUAGGGAGAGAGAAGGUGAGGGAGGGCUGGGGUGGAGAGUGGGGGGGAAUAGGGAUGCGCCUCAACUUACCCCGCUCCUAUGGUCAACUUACCCCAUACACAGGGUAAUUGGAGACCACUUCUUUUGGCAUGCUAUAUUAUCAAGACAGUUAUGUUUACACUCAUUCUGUUGGUUUGCAGGGAUGAACAACAUCUUGAAAUAUAUGCAGAAACACUAGUUAGAGACAAAACUAUGAUUGCCUUGAUGCAGUGAUCUGAAAAAUAGCUCAUCUUACCCCACUCUCCCAUACAUCCAGAUAACCAGUCAAACAAAGAUUCCUGACUUUUGUCCAAAUUUGUAAUCAAAGUGUGAAAAGCUAAACUCAGAUAAAGAUGCUACAAUGACUUUUCAAUCCUAACCUAUUCCUGGCUUGAGUCUCCUAGAAUAUAAGUGCUCAUUCGUUAAUUUUACACAGGCCCACUAUCUCCUUUCUAUUUGAAAACAGCAAAGAUUAAUGAGUGGCUGGACAAGAUGCUCCAUGUAUGACCCUUAAUUUGUCAAGUUUUAACCAUCAAAAAAUGUCCAUCGCUGCAAAUUCUUUUGCAACAACAGCCAUAUUGUUCUUCCUCUUUUUCUAUCGAUAGGUGUAAUUUGCAUGGCCAAACACUCAGCACUAAAAAUGGGUGUUGCUAGUUUGUCAGUUCUGUGUUACUGCAGAAAUGUGGAAGUGAAAUAUAGCAGCCUCUGCAGAGGGCGAUCCACUACAGUGUAGAUUUGAAAGGUGUAUUCUAAGUUAACAAAGCAAUUUGCAUAUUCAGGGGAUUGUAAACUAAUUUAGAUAUACUUAAAAGUAUUAAACUUUGUUUCCUGCAAGUCUGAUCUGCUAAAUGCUGCUGUUCACUACCUUUGUACUUCAAUGAUUAAGGUCUAAAUCCUCAAGUUUGUAACACAGGCCUUUGGUUAAGUUAAAAGUUUUCCAACCUCCAGAUAACCGCACCCAGCAGACAUAGAAGUAAAAGUGAAAACUCACUUCUCAGAUUUUAAAUUUGUCAUAAUAAACUUAAGUGAAGGAUUUUGGAGCUAAAACUGUCACCUGACCAGCUAUAAGGAUGAUUAUAAAUUUUAUCAAAGGCUUUUUGAAGCAAGAUUAAAUGCUCUUUUUCAAUGUCUGACAGAUCCAGAGUUGGCACAGCAGGACCCACUGCCUGUUGAGAGCUCACCCCCUGAAGAAAAUGUGUUUGUGGAUAAGAAAGCAGUGGACAAACUCACAGAGGGAUUACUCUCUCACUACCUACCCGAUCUACAGAACUCCAAACGAGCACUUCAAGAGCUGACGUGAGUUUUCCCUGAAUACCCGAGUACCACAGGAUUUUGCUAGUAAAUUUUCCUCAUUUUUGUAACUCUAAUAAAGGAUAGGUUAAUCUGUUAUCAUCUGUCAACAAGAAAAUUUGUUGCCAUAUAUAUACCUUUUGCUCCUAAGUAAGAAAUUUGAUCCCAAACAAUCCCUGGUGGCUGUAGCGGUGCUUGAAUAAGGCUAGUUAAUACACAGCAGCCUCUGCCACCAGUUUAUUGAUGUGUACGGAUGGGUGAAUGAUGUGGUACAAAAGCACUUUGAGUGAUCAGAGGAUUUAAGAAAAUGCAGUCAACUUAUAUCCCCAUUUACAUUUACUCGCAUAUCUCACACAAACCCAUAUGAUGAAUGUUCUUUAUAUAGAAUGUUAAGGCAAAUCCAUAGACAGACAUUCAAAACAUACUUGACAACAAGAGACCUUUUCCUGCACAGCCUAAAGUGAUGUGAUUCACAUAAACACGUUGACAUACACAGACUGCAGUUUUCAGUAACAGGCAUAUGACACAGAAAGUCAUAUGACAAGAGGGACUAGCUGGAUGGGUCGACCGCUCGCUUUGAUGCUGAGUGUCCAAGAGGGAAAAGUUUCACUCUCAACAUGCUGUCUAUCUCCUGUCAAUACUCAACUAUGUAAACGAAAAAAGAGCUGCCUUUUUGAAACAUUAACAAAUCUGAGGUACACUUUCAUCCUUGAAUAGUCUGUAUGAUUGUGAUGUGAACAAAUCUCUGCUUACUCACUCAUUAGACACCCACAGAGAUCAGUUAUUUCCUGGAUUCAAAAGUCCAUGUGAUGACCUGUCUUCUUUCUGCUUCUGUUUUUUUUGUUUGUUUGUUUUAGACAAAAUCAGCUGGUAUUGUUAGACACACUGGAUCAAGAAGUCACAAAAUUUAGAGAAUGUAAUGCGUUACUGGACCUCAACUCACUGGUAAAUUCUGGUGACUUCAUUUUACUUAAUAAUUGUUAAUGUUUUGUACACUAGCAUGGAAGAACUGUUUGUAAUCCUAUACAUUUUCUGUAGUUUACAGAGGCAAAAGUUUACCACAACAAACUGGUGAACAUACGGAAAGAAAUGAUUAUGCUCCAUGAAAAGACGACUAAACUAAAGGUAACUCUCAUCUCAAAGAUUUGAAGCUCAGAGGAAGUAUUAGUGGAUGGAUCUAACUAACCUAACAUUGAUGGUUCUUUCAGAAAAGAGCGCUGAAACUGCAGCAGCAGAAGCAGAAGGAGGCACUAGAGAAGGAGCAGCAGCGUGAGAAAGAGCUGGAGAGAGAAAGACAGCUUAUAGCCAAACCUGCCAAAAGAACGUAGGACCCCGAUUACGCCUGCUGUAUUAAUGGACCAUACAGGUGGUUUGUAUGUUUUAGCCCAUUCAUAAUAGCACAUACAUUCAUAAUGAUAAUUUGGGUUGUUCUUUUAGUUUGGGAAUGAAAUAGAGCAUCAGACAAGCAUAGUGAGGGACAAGGGACAGGGACUAAGACAACUUAGAUUUCACAUGAAGAUUUCAGUGCUAAGGAAAUGAGGUAAUUUUGUUGUGACAAUGAGGUAAUUUUGUUGUGACAAACUGCAAAUUACCACAGCGUGUCAUCUCAGCAAGUACCGACUGUUUUAAAUUCAGGUGUGGUGUGCUAGUUUGCAGCAUGUUUGCAGAUGAAAUACCUUUUAAGUGCAGGAGCCUGACAUGUUUUCACAGCAGAAUUGAGAUUAUCCUUAAAAAUAUAUUUGUUUCACUCGUUGUUGUGAUAAAAGUAUUACAGAAAGACUGCAAUCAGUAUUUCUGCUUUUGUAGACUACAUGUUUUAGAGAUGUAGUCAGCUGAGAGUUUGAGCCCUUCUACUAGAAGGAAACAAAAAAAACAUUUUAAUUUAGAUGCAUACGACACAUAUUUGGGAAAAAAAUCUCACCUCAAAAACCUUUCAGACUGUGACAUGCUUCUGAAAAUGUUUGGCUCAGUAGACAGUGUAUGUAAUAUUUAGGAAAUGGGCUAAAACCUGCAAAUCCCUGUUAUGAUUCUUAAAAUCUGACAUUGCCAAGAUCACCACAAACCAAAGACAUGGACUAAAUCAUCAAAUGCUGGUAUGUCCCACCAUCAACCUGUGACGACAAAGUUGGGUUUUUUACCCACGAGUGGGUAAAAAAGAUCCUCAGACACUUUCUCAGCCGCCAGACAAUGACCUGAAGAAGAACUGUAUGCUGUUUUUGUUCAACAUUAAGUGUUACUGUAUACUGUUGCUGCCCGGUUAGUAUUGAAUGCUAUAAAAGAGGUUUGUUGGUUAAUAUCAAAUAGGUCUGCACUAAACUUGACUGACCGUAUGUCCGGGGUUCAGAUGAUAUGAGACAGAUUGACCAAACUUUCUCCCACCAAACACAGCAUCGACAGAUUUGUUAAAGAGGCCUCUAUGCACUACUUACACCUGAACCCCCUCUGCUGUCUGUACAGUUAAUAAUAAAAGCAAAGCAAACUGGUUUGUACAAGCGUGCAUGCAUGACUUUCAUUUUUUCUGCUUCUGGUUUAAAAACACUUUCUAAGCUGUGGACUGUGUCCAAUGCAGUAUGCACGGUACAUUUUAUAAAAGUUUAGUUAAUAAAAGACUCUUCUUCAUGUCUGUUA